AUGGGGGUGCACGGCCUGACGAGUUUCGUGGAAGGAAACCGGCAGUUCUUCACCGAUCUAAAGCUGAGAAACACCCACCUCGUGAUCGACGGCUGCAGCCUGUAUUUCCGUCUGUACUUUAACACUGGCUUGGACCAGACGAGGGGAGGAGACUAUGAUGCAUUUGCUAAAGUGGUGCGGUGUUUUUUCGCCGCACUGUCCUCAUGCGGCGUGAGUCCAUUCGUGGUUUUAGACGGCGGGAUGGACGAGACCGAUAAGAAGUUCAGAACUCUGCAGGACCGAGCUCAGAGCAAAAUACACGAAGCCCAUUCCCUGUCCCGAGGACAUCGCGGAAGCGUUCUGCCCCUGCUCACACGUGAAGUCUUCAGACAGGUCCUCUGCGAGCUUGGUGUACCCUUGGUGCAAUGUAUCGCUGAAGCCGACUUCGAGAUCGCCUCUCUGGCACGUGAGUGGCGAUGUCCGGUCCUGACCAAUGACAGCGACUUUUACAUCUUUGACUUGUGUGGUGGUUACCUCCCAAUGACGUUCUUCGAGUGGGAGAAUGUCUGCGGUUCGGCGUCGGAGUGUUACAUCCCUGCCCGUCGAUUCACCGUGAACCGCUUUUGCUCACAUUUCAACCACAUGAACAAGCAUCUGCUGCCGCUGUUUGCCGUCCUCACCGGUAACGACUACACGAACGCAAAAACCACAGAGAUGUUCUUCAGCCGGGUGGAAUUACCAGUGGUACCAAGACGGAGGGGAAGUCAAUCGAACCCCCGGAUCGAAGGCUUUUUGCUCUGGCUGUCAGCAUUUACCAACCCUGUGGCUGCACUGGAGGAAGUGUUGGAGAUCAUGCGAGGCAAGCAGAACCUCCGAAAGCAGCUGACAGCAGGGAUUCAGGAUUAUCAGCUUCCAGCUACCAGCAGUCUGGCCCAGUUCUUCUCAAACAGUCAGGUUCAACCGUUUGAUCCCUUGAAGCUUCCACCAGCUUUGAUGUCGCAGCCAGAGUGGCUCAUGAGACGGCUCAUAUCAGGCAGUCUGCCCCCUCUGGUGUUGGACGUUCUGGUGCUCCGGAGAGCCCUUUUGACACCUCAGGUCGAGAAUAGCCGUCUGCCUAGUAGCCACAAUGCCUCAGUGAACAUUCGCAAGAUGAUCUAUGGCUUGCUCCUACUAAGGAACGCAACGCAGGGUAAUGCUGGUCGUGGACAGAGGGCCAGAGGAAGAGGAGGGAUGAAGAGGGGGGCGAUGACUGAACAGGCUCAGGGUUUGAGCGCCCCAUGUUUUGUUGAGGAGUACGACAGGAUUGAGCUGGAUCUCAGAAGAACUGCGGUGGAGGCUCAGCUACCCACACAUCACCCACAGCUGAACCUGAACACUUUAGACCAGGUGGCCGUUCCCGUGAGACGCAGCGCGUUGUUGGGAACUCUGGGGGUGACGGAGCAGGCGCUGCAGAUCGUAGAUCCACAUCUCCAGCUGCCUGUGUGUGUGACGUAUUUCUGGGCGCAUUCGUCCACACCGAAGCCCAGCCGCUCGCUGCUCCAGGGUGUGCUGCUUGGGCUGGUGUAUGGUGAACUCUGCAGAAGCAACACCAUGUUUGGAGGUCCCCCUACUCCCUUUAUCUGCCAGAGAUUAGACCAAAUGAGAAUGAACUCUGCUCAGAGGAGGGGUGUAGACUUGGGCGUGGCUCAUUCUCUUAGCCAAUGGCAGUCUUGUAUGUGGGCCGGGACUUACCUGAACCAGCUGCUGUGUUUCCCACUCUCUGAGCCUCGGUGUGCCUGGCUGUUCAGUGGUACUUUGCUGCAUGGGUUAGAGGCUGCACUGAGAGGAGGUCAUCAGGCGGAGUCUUUGCUGGCUGGGGCUCCUGUUGCACUGCAGCUCUACUCAACGCUGCUUGGCGCCAUACAGGGUUCCGUUUUCCAGGACCAGUCUGCACAACACACUGCGCCGUUUCCAGCAGCAGGACCCAGCAGGCAGAGAGGGCAGGGUAGAGGGCAGGGUAGAGGGCAGGGUAGAGGGCAGCGUGGUACUGGUGGUAGAGGCAGGCACAACAGGCGUGGGGAGGGACACGCUGGGGGUUUGUAUAACAUGUUUGGUAUGCUCACCUGUGAGGAUGAGCUGGAUCAGUACUGA